AGAGAGAGAGAGCGCAAGGAGCGAGCGGGGUUGGGUGGGAGGCUUGAGCGACAGGAGGAGAGUCGCCGUCAAAAGCGGAGGGACUUCUCCGUCUUCCGAACCUGGAUUUUAGGGUUUCGGUUUCUCUCCGGGGCGACGGCAGCGGCAGCGGAGUGACGGAUCCAGAUAACAGACACAGGAAUAAGUCUGCAUAUAUGUGGACCUUGUUUUUGUUGAGGAUGUCUUUCUUUAUCUCAAGGAAAAAAGGCCAUAUCACAUGCUUUUUCUCUUCCUAUUCAUGGUUUGAUGACUUAAAUAGCAGCAUGGUGGAAGGAAUUGACCAUUGAAGCUUUUAGCGACUCCGUUUGAUCUUGUGAGCUAGAAUGACGCUAGAAGAUUUUUUCACUCUAACUGAGAUGAGGGAUGGCCUUUCGAGUCUCCCUAGGAUUGAAGAGCUGCUCUCCAUGAUUCAGAAACUGAAUGAUUCUGUUACGAGUAACUUAGGUGAUGCAGUAAGACAAUGGUCUACAGUUGCAAGUGUUUUAGCAGCUACAGACAAUAAGGAAUGUGUUAAUCAAUUUCUCCAGUUGAAUGGGCUUGUUUUUCUUAACCAAUGGCUUCAAGAAGCACUGAAGCUCCAUGCUGAUGUUAGUGGUGUUGAAGAGCUGAUAAGUUCAUUAUUGACAUUUUUUGAGAGGUUUCCAAUUGAGCUUAAACAGAUAACUGCCUCUGGAAUUGGAGUUACCAUUGAACUUCUUCUUGAUCACAAAAGCAUUCCAAUUAAGGAGAAGGCUAGAAUUUUGUAUGAUAAGUGGAAUCAUGCAAGAAAUGAUGGUAAAAGUUCCCAUGAUCAGGAAACAAGUGGGACUUGUCAAAGUGAUCAGCUUGAACCUUUUGAGGAUGUGCAGAUGAAUGAAAAAAGUAUGGACUUAGUAAAUUCAGUUGUUGAUAUUCCCCCAUGCACAGAAAGAACUGGUGAAGGAAAAUGUGAAGUGAAAUUGGCAGGAACCGAGAUCCAGGUUGCUGAUGUCACAGUAUGUUCAGGCAGUUCCCCUCAUGAUUCCACCUAUAAAGAAAGAGUUAUAGCAUCACAAAAAGCUAUUUCUACAUCUUCCAAUCCCAUCAAUCCGAAUGCAGUUUCAGCAGAAGUGUGUUCAUCGGGGUCAUCCCUUGUAUCAACCUCUUGUCAGGAGAAGUUAACUGUUAUAGAGGGGUCUUCUGUUUCUGUUGCAGUAGGAAAGUCCUCUACUGGCACUGGUUCACAAUCUGGUCGGGAAGGAGAUAUAGAUGAUCAGCCUGAUGCAUCAUUGUUGAAAAAUGUCCCUGAUAGCAUAAGAGGGAUGGAUGUGGAAAUGAGGGAAGUGAAACCAUGCAAAUCCAAUCAAAGAGAAACUUGCAGUAAUUCUUCAUCCUUUGUGUUUUCUACUUCUGUGACACCAUCAGUGGCUGCUCCAGAGCUGACUAAUUCACGCAAGUUGGAUUCUAACAAUGGUGACUCAUGUGCCUCAAAGGCAAUGCUACAUGAGCUAAAUUCUGGUGCUUUUGACCAUGGGAAGGAAAAGUGUAUAAUAACAGCCAAGGAGUCCAACACAGCUGCAAAUCUCGCUAGUGGUAUUCAUGAACUUGCCUGUACUGUCAGCAACCUCAGCGAUCCAGGUGAUCCUCAGUUACCUUGUCAAAGGGAGGAAGCCAUGAGUAGUGUCCUUAAAGGCACUGAUGGUGAGGUCAAUCUUAAUAUUCGUAAAGGUCAUUUCUUGAACUCUCCUGAUUUCCUAAAAGUCGUGGGGACCAAGGCAAAUAAGGAAAUUGGUCGAAAGUCAGAUAUGAGACUUGAAUGUUUGGAUGAUGCACUAGAGGUUGCAAGGCAAGUCGCUAUAGCAGUGGAGCAAGAGGUGGUUGAUUAUAGAGAGCCUUUUUGCAGCUCUCCUGAGGUCAACUCUGGUGGAACAACUGGUUCUCAUAACCCUGAUUCUGAAGAAGAAAAGCAGGAUCAACCAGUGACCGAGGAAAUUGGUGGGAAUAGUUCAUCUGCUGGAAAUGGUCCUUCUGUUACUACAUCUACUGAGAAGGGGUCAGAGAUCACACAGAACAUGAGCCCUGACCAGGAAAACUCUGAGCAAAAUAUAGAAUCACCCAAACCAAAAGUUCCUGCUCAGGAAUCAGUUGGUAAGUCUAUCGCAGACAGAUUCAAUUUCGAUCUGAAUUCAGAUAUUUGCAGUGAUGAACCUGAAUGCUCGAUAAAGCCCAUUUUGAAAAUGCCUAUCGGCGUGUCUGCUCCUGUAGCUGUUAUUGCUUGUUCAAAAGGAGCUCCAGGAUUGCCUGUUACACCUCUCUGUUUCGGAGGUGAAAUGGGAUGGAAAGGUUCGGCUGCUACCAGUGCUUUUCGGCCAGCAUCUCCUCGGAGAACUCCUGAUGGUGAAAGGUCAUCUUCUGGUUCAAAACCAAAGACAAACUCGCUUGAAUUUGAUUUGAAUGUGGCUGAAAGGGCUGAUGAGGUGGGUGAUGAACCCAUAUUGGUGAAGGAGUUGCCUGCUUCCUCUAGUCUGCCAUCCGGAGAUUCAUGUGUGGAAGUUAGUUCGAGAAGAACAGAGAAGCUAAGUUUGGAUCUUAAUCGCCUUGGAGAUGAAGAAACGUCUAUGUGUCCAUCCUCAUCCUUGAAGCUGCAUUUCCAGAGUGGAGAGCGGAGCCUGUCUUCAGCUUCAUCAUCAUCUUCCAGGCAGCCUUUUCUUAGAGACUUUGACCUGAAUGAUAACCCAUCUUUUCCCAAUAUUGGUAAUUCUUGCAACUUUGAUAUGUCAUCAACCAAACCCUCUGAUUCUUUUGGAGUUCCAACACCCACUGAUCCCGUUAUCAAAAUUAUGGGAUCAAAAAUUGCUGUUGAAAGGAAAGCUAAUGACAACCAAGUGCAGCAGUCUUUUCUAUCAGUAGGACUGAAGAUGGAGCCUCCUGUUGUCGCAAGGCCACUGAUGCCUUAUACAAACAUGCCAACCCCCACUUACGGAUAUACUGGACUCCCGACUGGGCCUUCCGUGUCAGUCCCCCCAGCAUAUUAUUCACCUGGAAACAUUUCUUACAUGGUAGACUCCAGAGGUGCAACAGUCAUGCCGCAUGUUACUGGCUCAGCAGCUCUUGGUCUAACAUCUGCCAGGCCACCCUUUCUUAUAGGUGCUGCUAUGCCCUCAAACAUGGCUGGUUUUGGGUCUUUGCAACCUGGUCUUGACUUGAAUGGUGGUAUGACGUCCGUGGAGGGUGGGAUCAGAGAAGGCAGCAGUUUUAGACAAUUCUUUUUGCAAGGUCACGGUCGAUGGAUGGAAGAACAACCGAAGACCGGUGCACAGCCUUCCAGUUCAGACACUACAUUAAAGCGGAAAGAGCCAGACUCUGGAUGGGAGCCUUAUCCGCAUGGUUACAAGCAGAUGACAUCAUGGCAAUAAUUGUGUUUAAAGACCAUUAGGGUUGUAUCGGGUUAUCUAAGGUUAGUUGCUUACCUUUUGUUCCUUUAAGAUGGUGGGCCAAUUCGACCGAAUGGCAUUGGCAGGUGGAUAAGCGAAUAAGGUUAUAGAUAGUUUUGAUGAAAAUUUAUUGCCAAAAUAUCGGUACAUUUGAUUGUUUACAUUCCUCCAUUAUCAUUAUUUAGUCCAUUGCACC